CAGCCCCGCACCUGACACCGAUUUGAUGGUUUGACAGAAUCAGAGAAACGUUUCCCGCACAAAAUCAAGUGAGAAAAUUACGCAAUCGUCCAAUCUUUCAACCUAUUUAUUCAACUGUAGGUCCCGCGGGCAAGAUGUGCAAACUGAUUCUAUCGUUCUUACCAGUAUUCCUUUCUUCUCGUUUAGCCAGAUUUUCACAAGCGAUGGAUGAUUCGUUUCCAAAAACGCUAAAAGAAUUCGGUUAUGCAUUCAAUGACCAGGGUCAGUUGCGAAUCAUUGACUCAAACAGUGGUGUUGCAGGAGAGCUUCCCUUUGAAUUCGAAGUGGAUAAACACAACCAUGAUUACAACCAAAGGCGCUAUGAAGCCCUAGGAGAAAUAAUUGACCAGCAUGUCUAUGAACUGCUUGAGACUAGAGGGAAACUAGAGAAAUUAGUUUUAACGAGAGGAGACUGCAGCGUGAGUUCCAACAAAAUAGAAUCCUUCAUCUUUGUCAGUGAUGAUAUUUUCACCAAUAGUGAUAAAUUGCUUGUGUUAGUCCAUGGAAGCGGUGUAGUUAAGGCUGGACAGUGGGCUCGUAGAUUAAUCAUCAAUGACAAUCUGGAUACUGGAACACAGUUACCUUUCAUUGAGCUGGCCAAGAAGAAAGGUUAUGCAGUCAUAGUUACAAAUACAAAUGAUAAUUAUAGAGUAAUUGACAAAAAAAAGAAGCUGAUACAGGGCAGUGAGAAUCCUGUGAAUCAUUUGCUAUCAGUCUGGAAUCAGGUUAUUGACAAGAGUCCGGCUAAACAUAUCGCCUUUGUGGCGCACAGCUACGGCGGUGUCUGUAUUUUGGAACUGGCAAGUCAGGUCGAGGAUAAGUUUCAAGAUCGCGUGUUUGCCCUGGCGAUGACGGAUUCCGUCCACAGCAUGGUACACCACAGUUCGAUCGCGGCCAGCCUACAGCAAUUCCUUUGUCAGAUUGGUCGCAAUUGGGUAUCAUCCGGCCUACCGCUGGACACGCCAAUAGGACGGCCGCCUAACGAUAUCGAUCGCGUAUCGGCAGGUCACACGCAACACGAGAUGACCUCGUACUGUAGCAUGUCCAGUAUAUUUCAGUUCCUGGAAGAAAAAUUGCAGCAAAAGCAACAACAGCCCAUUUAAUAAUCUCUUCUCUAACCACACCUCUUUUUUUUUCUUUUAAAUAGAAUUUAAUUAAUUCAUU